CUGGAUAUUACAUUGGUUUGGCACUUUGGGAAUUCAAAAUUCAUUUUCCGCCAAAUCUGGCGAGGGUUUAGAAAUGGAGACGGAGAGCCCGUUCCUUUGUCCAAACACGGUGACGAUCCGGCGAAAUCCUCACCGGAAUGCGAGGCCGACCCCAUCUGCCACAGCACCACAAACACAAGCAUCACCCAAAAAGUUACAAGAAAUUCCUUCUUUCCCCAUUGAUGACAUCCUCUCCAUCCAAAUUCCGCAAUCCAAUCCAUCAACAACAGAAAACCUAAAUGUGUUUCUUCGGAUAAAACCAGAAAAGGUUGUUGAGCAAGAUUAUGGGCUCAGAACUAAGAACGUUUGGCCCAAAAAUCCGGCUAAGGGAAAAGCAAAGAAAGAGAAAAUUAAGAAGAAAAAGAGCAACGCAGCCUGUGUAACGGUUAAUGAUCCUCAUUCCGUCACACUAUCACCUCCUUUGGUCUUGCAGACCUCUAAACGGAUGAAGUCCGAGGUCUAUGAAGGCUUUUCUUGUGUAUUUUCAGCCAAUUCAUUGCAGGGUGAAGUGUAUGAGAGGAUGGUGAGUCCUUUGGUGGAGGAAUUUUUGGCCGGUAAAAGUGGGAUGUUGGCAGCACUGGGGCCUAGUGGCUCUGGCAAGACUCAUACAAUUUUUGGGACACCCAAGGAGCCAGGGAUGGUUAUGCUUGCGCUUCAACGGAUUUUUAAAAGAUCUACUGAUAGUUCUUCUGAGUUGCCAAGAUUCUACCUAUCUAUGUUUGAAAUAUACUCCGAAAGAGGGAAAGGAGAGAAAAUGUUGGAUUUAUCCCCAGAUGGAACAGAUUUGAACAUGCAGCAGUCAAGUAUUAAAGGCCUACAAGAGGUUAUCAUUACUGAUGCAGCACAGGCAGAAUCCCUGAUAGCUUGUGCAAUGCUGAAACGUUCCACAGCUAAAACAAAUUCAAAUAGCCAAUCAAGUCGGUCACAAUGCAUCAUUAACAUUCGCUGCACUGGGAAAAACCUUGAUCGAGAAGGUUUUGUACAAGAAAAUAAUUCUGUUUUAACUGUUGUAGAUCUUGCUGGAGCGGAAAGAGAGAAAAAGACUGGGAAUCAGGGUGCAAGAUUGCUUGAAAGUAAUUUUAUCAACAAUACAUCAAUGGUUUUUUGCUUAUGCCUUAGGUCAUUGUUGGAGCACCAAAAAAAUCCCAAGAAGCCUUUGCAGAAACACUUCCAGAACUCUUUGUUGACCAGGUACCUGCGAGAGUAUUUGGAAGGAAAGAAGAGGAUGGCACUGAUUUUAACUGUAAAAUCGGGAGAAGAAGACUAUCUUGAUACUUCCUACUUGCUAAGACAAGCCUCCCCAUAUAUGAAAAUUAAGUUUGAUAAUGUUGAGGAAGUGUCUAACAUGGUCUGUAACAAGAGACCUCUUCAAACAUUAUCUACAAUUGAGCAGCCCAAAAGAAUGAGAGUUAGUGGCGUUGAAACUUCUUUGAUUGAAGAAAAAAACAUUGGAAAGAAAGACAAACUUCCUGAGAAAGAGGCCAAAUUUGAUAUUAAGGACUGCACACCUCAAAAUUUUGAUUCCAUUAAUUUGGCAAGGAAAGAGGCUCAAGAGAGAAACUAUCAGAUCAUGCAAAAUUUUGCCAAGGCUUUAUGGAGUGUUUUGAAACAGCACAAUGAAAAACUAAAGGUGGCAGAACUUGAGAUAGAGAAUCUCAAAGUCAAUCUAAGCAAUGAAAAGACAAGAAAUCUUGAGCUGGUAAAAGAGCUUAUGUAUUUGAGGUCCUGCUGUACUUGUACGAAGGAGAGUUCACAGGAAAACACUUCUGCUAAAGUAUAUACCAAGUUUGAAUCUGAAAUAGAAUUAGAGAGAAAUAAAUUUAGUGAAGUUUGUGAGACCAAUGAGGAUGCUUAUUCUCCAAGGGAACCAAUGUGCAAUCUCAGUCCCAUUAUUUAUGGUUCCACAGCAGGACAGGAUCAAGAUCUACUUCCUCAGAUCAAUUCAGAUAUUCAGUCUCCCCAUCUUAGGACAUUUGAAUGCAAGACCAUUUCUCAACAAUAUGUCUCCCCUUUAAAAGGCCACGAAGAUUUAAUUUCUCAGGGAAGAUGUUCUACUCUGGAAGUGGUCAAUACUUCAGCACUUUCUGCUGAAAACUCCAAUGAUCCAAAUGAUCAGAAUGAGCCAGAAUGCAAAACGCUUGUACAAGAGUGCCUUUACCAGACAUCUGAAAUCAUUUCUAGAAAUCAUGAGGAUUUAGAUGAGUGUGACCACACAGCAGAAAGUAAUCCUCCAAAUCUUGAUAUGGCAGAUUCUGUGUUUAGCUCUUCCCAGUCUUGUGUCAUCGUUAGUGAUGAUGCCUCUUCAUCAGUGGAACUAGUACAAUCACAAAGUGGGAAGGUAGAGGUUAAAUUCUCUUCGCUGGAAUCAUUGCAUUCAUCAGUGUCUCCAAAGCAAGUUGCAUCUACGGAAGGGUGCAAUGAAGUUUGCCUACCACAUAGUGAACCAAGUCUAGAUACCAUGAAAAAACCUUUGAAUAUGCAGAAACCGAAAAGGAGACUUUUGCCUGCCUCAUCCAUCUUACUGAGGGAUAUGAGCAUCUUUGAUGUUGAUGAUGAGAUUGAAAAACCAAAGGGGAAUCGAAAUCGGAAGAAAUCGGAAGCUAAUAAUGUAGGGAAAAGAACGCAAGGUAAUAUGUCUCUUUUGAGGUUGCUUAAGAACAAUCUUAAUAUCUAGAUAGCCACUCAUUAUAAUUGUAAGUAAGCUCAGCUUUUGUAAAGGUGGACCAUUUUGAUCACCAAUACGCUUUUGAACAUUUUCAACUGUAUUGUCAUGCGCAUGCUGUAUUGUUUUGAGCACGCAUAGCUAUUGGUGUUCAAAUUUGAGACAGGAAUUUUUUUCUUA